UCUUUAUAUAAAUAAAUAAAGUGCCAGUAUUCAGAGAGGCGAGGCAACCCAUGUGGGUGUACACAACUGGGAAGCAGCAGGGUAGGGAUCUGAACCUGCGUCCAGCACGGCCUUUCCAGAGGCUGGAGGUACUGACCGUUAGGAUUGUCAGAGAAGCUGGAUCUAUGGAGUCAAGGGGACUUUUGGCGAGUGGAAGUUCCAAAGACCUUGGCAGGGAGUCAGGCAUCAUCUCUGUCUGUCUUGUGACCCUCCCCACAGAUGCCCCGAGGAAGCCCAGCAUAGACGGCUUCUCUUCGGAUUCCUGGCUGGAGAUGGAGGAGGAGGCCUGUGAUCAGCAGCCUCAGGAGGAGGAGGAGAAGGACGAGGAGGGUGAGGGCAGGGACAGGGCACCCAAACCGCCCACCGAUGGCUCCGCUUCACCCACCAGCAUGCCCUCCGAGGACCAGGAGGCCCUCGGGAAGAAGCCCAAAGCACCUGCCCUGCGGUUCCUCAAAAGGACUUUGUCUGACGAGUCAGAGGAGAGUGUGAAGUCCGCCACGUUGCCCGUAGACUACCCCAAGACCCCCACUGGCUCUCCCGCCACGGAGGUCUCUACUAAGUGGACCCAUCUGACCGAGUUUGAACUGAAGGGCCUGAAAGCUCUGGUGGAGAAACUGGAAUCCCUCCCGGAGAACAAGAAGUGUGUUCCCGAGGGCAUCGAGGACCCCCAGGCACUCCUGGAGGGCGUGAAGAACGUCCUGAAGGAGCACGCGGAUGAUGACCCUAGUCUGGCCAUCACUGGGGUCCCUGUGGUGACUUGGCCAAAGAAGACUCCAAAGAACCGGGCUGUGGGUCGGCCCAAGGGGAAGCUGGGCCCGGCCUCCGCGGUGAAGUUGGCCGCCAACCGGACAACGGCAGGAGCUCGGCGGCGCCGGACGCGAUGCCGCAAGUGCGAGGCCUGCCUGCGGACCGAGUGCGGAGAGUGCCACUUCUGCAAGGACAUGAAGAAGUUCGGGGGCCCCGGGCGCAUGAAGCAGAGCUGCAUCAUGCGGCAGUGCAUCGCGCCAGUGCUGCCCCACACCGCCGUGUGCCUUGUGUGUGGCGAGGCGGGGAAGGAAGACACGGUGGAAGAGGAGGAAGGCAAGUUUAACCUCAUGCUCAUGGAGUGCUCCAUCUGCAACGAAAUCAUCCACCCCGGAUGCCUUAAGAUUAAGGAGUCAGAGGGUGUGGUCAACGACGAGCUUCCAAACUGCUGGGAGUGUCCGAAGUGUAACCACGCCGGCAAGACCGGGAAAGCCUACAAGCAAAAGCGUGGCCCUGGCUUUAAGUACGCCUCCAACCUGCCCGGCUCCCUGCUCAAGGAGCAGAAGAUGAACCGGGACAACAAGGAAGGGCAGGAACCUGCCAAGCGGAGGAGCGAAUGUGAGGAGGCGCCCCGGCGCAGGUCGGACGAGCACCCCAAGAAGGUGCCGCCGGACGGCCUCCUGCGCAGAAAGUCUGAUGACGCGCACCUGAGGAAGAAGCGGAAAUACGAGAAGCCCCAGGAGCUGACUGGACGCAAGCGGGCCUCAUCGCUUCAAACGUCCCCCGGUUCCUCCUCUCACCUCUCGCCGAGGCCCCCUCUAGGCAGCAGCCUCAGCCCCUGGUGGAGAUCCAGUCUCACUUACUUCCAGCAGCAGCUCAAACCUGGCAAAGAAGAUAAGCUUUUCAGGAAAAAGCGUCGGUCCUGGAAGAACGCUGAGGACCGCAUGGCGCUGGCCAACAAGCCCCUCCGGCGCUUCAAGCAGGAACCCGAGGACGAUCUGCCCGAGGCACCCCCAAAGACCAGGGAGAGCGACCACUCCCGCUCCAGCUCUCCCACCGCAGGACCCAGCACCGAGGGGACCGAGGGCCCGGAGGAGAAGAAGAAGGUGAAGAUGCGCCGGAAGCGGCGGCUUCCCAACAAGGAGCUGAGCAGGGAGCUGAGCAAGGAGCUCAACCACGAGAUCCAGAGGACGGAGAGCAGCCUGGCCAACGAGAACCAGCAGCCCAUCAAGUCGGAGCCUGAGAGCGAGGGCGAGGAACCCAAGCGGCCCCCAGGCGUCUGCGAGCGUCCCCACCGCUUCAGCAAGGGGCUCAACGGCACCCCUCGGGAGCUGCGGCACCAGCUGGGACCCGGCCUGCGCAGCCCGCCCCGUGUCAUCUCCCGGCCCCCACCUUCCGUGUCCCCGCCCAAGUGUAUCCAGAUGGGGCGCCAUGUGAUCCGGCCACCCCCCAUCAGCCCCCCGCCUGACUCGCUACCCCUGGACGAUGGGGCAGCCCACGUCAUGCACAGGGAGGUGUGGAUGGCCGUCUUCAGCUACCUCAGCCACCAAGACCUGUGUGUCUGCAUGCGGGUCUGCAGGACCUGGAACCGCUGGUGCUGCGAUAAGCGGUUGUGGACCCGCAUUGACCUGAACCACUGCAAGUCUAUCACACCCCUGAUGCUGAGUGGCAUCAUCCGGCGACAGCCUGUCUCCCUCGACCUCAGCUGGACCAAUAUCUCCAAGAAGCAGCUGAGCUGGCUCAUCAACCGGCUGCCUGGGCUCCGGGACUUGGUGCUGUCAGGCUGCUCAUGGAUCGCGGUCUCGGCCCUUUGCAGCUCCAGUUGUCCGCUGCUCCGAACCCUGGAUGUCCAGUGGGUGGAGGGACUAAAGGAUGCCCAGAUGCGGGAUCUCCUGUCCCCGCCCACGGACAACAGGCCAGGUCAGAUGGACAAUCGGAGCAAGCUCCGGAACAUCGUGGAGCUGCGCCUGGCAGGCCUGGACAUCACAGAUGCCUCCCUGCGGCUCAUCAUCCGCCACAUGCCCCUGCUCUCCAAGCUCCACCUCAGUUACUGUAACCACGUCACCGACCAGUCCAUCAACCUGCUCACCGCUGUUGGCACCACCACCCGAGACUCCUUAACCGAGAUCAACCUGUCUGACUGCAAUAAGGUCACUGAUCAGUGCCUGUCCUUCUUCAAACGCUGUGGAAACAUCUGUCACAUUGACCUGAGGUACUGCAAGCAAGUCACCAAGGAAGGCUGUGAGCAGUUCAUAGCCGAGAUGUCUGUGAGUGUCCAGUUUGGGCAAGUAGAAGAAAAACUCCUGCAAAAACUGAGUUAGUCCAAGGACAAGAAUGUAAAUACGGGGUGGGCUCUGGGAGGGGAAGAGACUUUACAAAAAUGAGGGCUUUUAUUUUCCAUUUGGAACGUGGGACAACAGACCACAACGCAAUUCCAUUUUGCAAGUCUUUCCAAGGGAGAAGCUGUUCAACCACCCAUUUGGGGGAUGAGUGAGCCGACACUUUCCUUUGGUCUUUCUAAUCGUAACUGCACUGCUUUCUGGACCAUUUCUAAGGCGGCCUUUACAAGAAGACAUUCCUGUCGGAGAGGAGGGUGGACUUUGGAGAAAUUCUCAAACUGAAGCAUGAGCUUAGGAGUUUCUGUUAGUGGUAGUGGUGUUUUGGACACUUCAUUCCUUGCAACACUGAGGUUUUGGGUGUUGACGUAAAGUGGACCACACACCACAUCUGCUGCCGUCUUGACACUUUUUUUUGUUUGGUUGGUUUUGUUACAUCUUACAUUAUGCAGAACUAUUUUUGUACAAAUUGUUUAAAAGUUAUUUAUGCAAGGUUUGAAUGCAUACCAGUGUUUUUAUUGUUUUGAGAUUGCCAAUUUUCCUGGUUUCCUUAAGGUAGGAGAGAAUUUAACGUGUACUUCAUCGACACAACCCAUCUACAAAUGUGCCCAGAUCUAACAAAGUAGGCUAAGACCUUCCACUUAAAAGCAUGUUUAACUGGAAGUUGAAAGCCUGCUUUGUACCUCAAGAGUUACAUGAGCAUGUUGUGGAUAAAUGUAAAUUAUAGUUGAAGUAAGAUACUCUGCCAAGUUUCCUCUGUAGAGAAUUCACUUUUCUCAAAUUUUAAAAUUUCGACUUCAGCCUUUGCACUCAGGAGGGUCUGCUCCCAGCAUGAGCUCUUGUACUUACAUAGAUCUAAUUUAUACAGUGAGUCAAGACGUAGAAUAAAUCUCCCACAUAGCCUUUCUUUUGCUUUUUUCUCUCCUCUGAAGUGUGAGUUGAGUUCUCAUUUAGGUUUGUAACAUGGCUAUUUCCUAGUUGUAAAGUUCUGCAUUUAUAAGUGCCAUUGUUGUAAGGUGGUGUUUCCUAGACCUUCCCUGAUGCGAUUUUACCUUUGUUGAAUUUGUAUAAACAAUUGUACAAAAAAAAAAACCACUCUUGAACUUUGAGGGUUUUUGUUCUAGGAGUGGACUAGAAGUUUAAGCCCAGAGUCAGUAAACACUGUUUUGAGGCCCAAA